AUGCGCCGCCGCGAGCUCCCUCUCGUCCUGCUGGCGCUGGUCCUCUGCCAGGCGCCCCGGGGGCCAGCCGCCCCGGUGCCGGCGGGCGCAGGGACCAUGCUGGACAGGAUGUACCCGCGCGGCAACCACUGGGCGGUGGGGCACUUGAUGGGGAAGAAGAGCACAGGAGAGUCCCCACAUGUUUAUGAGGGAGGGAGCCUGGAGCAGCAGCUGCGAGAAUACAUUCGGUGGGAAGAAGCUGCAAGGAAUUUGCUAAGUCUUCUAGAAGCUAAGGGGACUGGAAGCCAUCAGUCACCUCAAAGGGAAACCCUGGGCAUUCCCCAGUCUGUUUGGGAUUACCAGGAUGACAGCAACUUUAAAAUUCUAGGUUCAAAACCUAAAGUUGGUGGACUCUUUGCUCCAGGUCAACAUGAGGGAAGGACCCCCCAGCUGAACUAACCAGGACAACAACGGCCUCUCUCAACGAAGCAAAGCAAAACCCUUAAGAGACUGUUCUACGGGCAUCGAUUCUACUGGAUCGUCAACCAGAUUCCCUUGGCGCAAAACACUUAACUAUUCUUGUAUCUUUCAACCCUAACUAAAUUCAUGAUUUUCAAGCAGCAUCUUCUGUUUUGAAUUUGUUUGCUGUGAAUAACUGUCCAUAAAGGGUCUUCGAAUUAAUGCUCUUUACAGCUAAGCUAUUUGUCAAUGAGAUUCUAGUCCCCAACCUGUUACCAUUCACAAUAAAAAACGUAAGCACAUUGUCCAAA